CUUCGGAACCUCCCCGGCCAUCUUCCCCUCUUCUGUCCCCAAUUCCUGACCUUUUCCCAACAGCCUACAAUCUGUCGUACGAUAAACCUAUCCUCGCGCGCGCUGCGCAUUUCCUCGGCACCUACAGAUACCCGAUACCGCUACUAUACUCGGAUACCUAGCCUCACAUUCUUUCCUAUAGAUUAAAACCGUCCUCGACAUCUGCCCGAAGCUGAUCCGUCCCGCCGAGAUUUCGGUCCCCACGGCUCGCGCGAAUCUACGAUUGUACCUAACGCUCACGACCAACACACGCUCCCAUUGGAUUCUUCUCCAUUCACUCUAGCUUCCUAUGGCUGAUCUCGCCACACCCUGAAUCUGAGUUCGAGCUCUUGCGGGUCAUGUUCGCCCACCGACAAGGCACUAAUGAUCGAAUCUUUCCACUGCCAUAUCCUUGCGCAUGAUGACUUCAGCUGUCACUGCAGUAGCUCCCCCGGAACAGGGACUCCAAAGCUCCCGUGAGGAAACACAUAUGUCGACCGAAUACGAUGCGGCAGAUGCGGCGAUGGAUGGCUCCUCACGGAAGAGGAAGAGAACUCGGAAAGUUCAGACGGAUCGCAAAUUUGAAUGUACCUUUGAUGGGUGUGGGAAGAGUUAUUCGCGCGCAGAACACCUGUACCGUCAUCAGCUGAAUCAUACCCCAAAACAGAUCUACCGAUGUGACUUUCCCGACUGCUACCGAUCCUUUGUCCGACAGGACCUGUGCCUGCGCCAUCGUGAACGACACACGACGCAAGGGUCUCAACUGCAGAAGCGGGACAGUUUCGCGCAGGCUACCGUAAAUAAUGCACCGACCGUAUCAACUGAGCAGAACAAGCCGCCCGUGCUUAAGAAAACCCACAGCGAAUCCCCGACUGGGGUUCCAACUCCUUCUCCUACACACAAAUCGACCCAGGCGUCAGUUGAGGGACGGGUAGAUUCCAUCACCAUCACCAAUAUCGACGUAAAAUCCGCUGCGGUUCCAUCUCGGACAGGGCAUUCGCCUCAGGCAUACAAAUACCCACCACUUAGUUCACAGCCCGGCGUUGAGCUAUCAGAUCCCACCUUUUCUCGCUCUGUUAGUCUGAG